ACACAUCAUCGUCUACUUCGGAGACUUGGUCAACUCGGAUCUAGCUUCUUGCAAAUAAUACACAUAGAGAUCUGACAAGAUGGAUCAACAACUCAUUGCACUCAUCAACAAGCUACAAGAUGUAUUCGCAUCUAUCGGGGUCAGCAACAAUAUCGACCUACCCCAGAUCACGGUGAUCGGCUCGCAGAGUAGCGGGAAGAGUAGUGUGCUCGAGAACAUCGUCGGACGAGAUUUCUUACCUCGAGGAACGGGUAUCGUCACCCGUCGACCUUUGGUUUUGCAAUUGAUCAACCGGCCGGCGGCUAACAAGCCCGUCAAGGAGGAAAAGGAUGGGGAGCCUGAGGAACGCACCAACGCCAACAACGAGAACGAGUGGGGUGAAUUCCUUCAUCUCCCCAACCAGAAAUUCCACGACUUUUCCAAGAUCCGGGACGAGAUCGUCAGGGAUACCGAAAAGAUGACGGGAAAGAACGCCGGCAUCUCCCCGAACCCUAUCAACCUGCGUAUCUUUUCCCCCAACGUCCUCACCUUGACUUUGGUCGACCUGCCCGGAUUGACAAAAGUUCCCGUGGGGGAUCAGCCUAGGGACAUCGAGAGGCAGAUCAGGGAGAUGUUGUUGAAGUUUAUCAGCAAGCCGAAUGCAAUCAUCUUGGCUGUGACGGCGGCGAACACGGAUCUGGCGAAUUCGGACGGGUUGAAGAUGGCUAGAGAUGUGGAUCCGGAAGGGACGAGGACGAUCGGGGUGUUGACCAAGGUCGAUCUCAUGGACCAAGGAACCGACGUCGUUGAUAUCCUCGCCGGCCGGAUCAUUCCCUUGCGACUCGGUUACGUCCCCGUCGUCAACCGAGGUCAGAGGGAUAUCGAACAGAGCAAGUCGAUCGGGUCGGCCUUGGAGAAUGAGAGGAACUUCUUCCAGAACCACGCUAGUUAUGCGAGCAAGGCGCAGUACUGCGGGACGCCUUAUUUGGCCCGAAAGUUGAAUGUCAUCUUGAUGCACCACAUUCGAUCGACGUUGCCGGAUAUCAAGGCGAGGAUCGGGUCGCAGUUGGCCAAGUACUCGGGGGAGUUGAAGGCGCUUGGAGGUGCUAUGGGCGAGACUAACCCGGGAAGCGUGGUCCUCUCCACGAUCACCGAAUUCUGCUCGGAAUUUCGUACCAUGAUCGACGGAAACACCAACGACCUCUCGCUCAACGAGUUGUCCGGUGGAGCUCGUAUCAGUUUCGUCUUCCACGAGCUGUUCAACAACGGAGUCAGGGGGAUCGAUCCGUUUGAUCAGAACAAGGAUGGAGAUAUCAGGACGAUCUUGUACAACUCUGCCGGUUCGACUCCCUCCCUCUUUGUCGGCACGACCGCCUUUGAGGUCAUUGUCAAGCAGCAAAUCCGAAGAUUGGAGGAACCCGCCCUGCGAUGUUGUCAGCUCGUGUACGACGAGCUGAUCAGGAUCUUGGGUCAGCUUUUGGUCAAGACGUCAUCGUUCAAGCGAUACCCGGAACUGCGAGACAGGUUCAACGCGGUCGUCAUCAACUUUUUCAAGGAAUCGAUGGUACCUACCAACAAGCUGGUGACGGAUAUGGUAGCAAUGCAAGCUUGUUACGUCAACACCACCCACCCGGACUUCUUGAACGGUCACAAGGCCAUGUCGAUCGUACAAGACCGUCUCAACGCCAACAAGCCUGUCGAGAAGCCUCUUGACCCCAAGUCGGGCAAGCUCGCUCCCGGUGCGCUCAACAACGGAAGGGACCUCGAUGCCGACUACAAGAAGGAGGAGCCUAGCUUCUUUAACAGUUUCUUCAAGAAGGACCAGACACCCAAGAGGAAGGGAACCCCUGUCAUGGAGGCUCCGCCCCCCGUCAUUCGACCGGUUGCAACUUUAAACGAUCGAGAACUGAUGGAGACCGAGGUCAUCAAGCUCUUGAUCGUGUCAUACUUUUCUAUCGUAAAGCGCGAAAUGAUCGACAUGGUGCCAAAAGCCAUCACCUUGACCUUGGUAAACUUUGCCAAGGAGAACAUGCAACGUGUGCUUCUGGAGCAUCUUUACAAACCUGAGAUCCUGGAGGAACUGUUGAAGGAGUCUCCUGAUAUCGUUUCGAGGCGCAAGGAAUGCAUCAAGAUGGUUGGAGCCCUCAACCAGGCCGAGGCUAUCAUCUCGACCGUCUAAUGAACUUCACUUGAGCACGAAAUAAUUGUCAACCCGGGUAGCAUCCUUCCGUUCCGUAUGGUCCGUCUUGUAUCUCUGGAUCCGUCCGCUCUUCUGCUCAUGGCUAUUAUGAUCAUCAUGACUUGAAAACAAAC